CAUAUGAUCACGAGGUGAUAGUCAGGUGCUUCGGAGUGCCUUCUGCUCUUGUUGGUGUGGUGCUCUCCCGAUCUGUGCAUUUGACUCGACUCGCUCCAAAUUCGACUUUACGAUGACAGGUAGUGCGAGAAAAGCGAGUUUGCUUCAUGCACCACUCCUCGUGUUCAUCAUCGCCUGUCAAUUCGCAUUUUCUUAUGCCGGUACGCCCGUCGUGAUAUGGUGCCCGCACAACGAAUCGUCCGAUCAUAAUUCGCCGUUGAAAAUGGCACGCUCGAAUCCACUGCAGAAAAUAUCGUCAGAGGAAUUCGAGGAGAUCCUGUCACAGUCGGGUGUGACAGAACCAACGAUCGUCGUUGCCGACGAAUUGUGCGUCGAGGAUCUGAAAAAUAACAAGGUACUGUCAAUCGCCACCAAUGGCUCGAAAUUAUAUUAUUUCCCGCGUGUUCUCAAGCCGGACACGAUCUUUGAAAAGAUUUAUAGCGACAAACAGAUAAGAACGAUAGAGGACAUAAACGAUGAUCAUGAAUUAAAUAUGGUCUUGAAGGACACUGAUUCAAAUGAUUGCAUAGCGCUUACAGGAAAACAAUGCCGUUAUAGUCAAACUGAACGCAUAAAAAGGGAGGCUGCUGGAAACGAUACUACAGAGUUUAAGAUAAAAACGGACAAAGUUUUGUUCUAUUCCAGUAAAUCACUGUAUUUCACGGCACCUGAAAACCCAGAAAAGACUUUAGAACUUCCUGCAUCCAAAGUAACUGGAGCAUCAACUCAUGAGAAAGAUGAUACAUUGAUUUUAACUAUCAAAUUUUCCAACAUUGAUGAUAUUAACAAUCUGAUGCUUGAUUUCUCUUUCCCAAUUAAAAGCAUAGGCUAUUAUACAUUAAAUAAGAUCAGUUAUGAUAUAAACGGCAAAAACGGCAUUCUAUUGACCAAACGGGAUAUUAAUUUCCCAAAAACGUUUUCUUAUCACUGUUCAUUAGACACCAUCUUUGCUAACGAUUCCGUGCGCUUAAGUAUCAAGGAUAUGCAAGUCCAAGUCGGUAAUACUACGACGUUCAGCGAUGCGUAUGAUUGUGUUGGUUUCACUAGUAUACCAAUUUGGACGGGAAUAUUUGUGACAGCGAUACUGGCUUUAAUUAUGAUAUGGGCGCUCACUAUGAUCAUGGAUAUCCGGACAAUGGACAGAUUCGAUGAUCCUAAAGGAAAAGCUAUCACGAUCUCUGCUGCAGAGUAGAGAGAUAAUAAUAAUGGAGACAUUUCUGCGUAAUGCAAUUGUAAGUAUUACUCGUGCGAAAUCUAUUAUAAUAUAGAUAACAUCAUGUCAUAGUAUCUCAUAUUGAUUGUUCGCAAUUACAAUUGUGUUCUGAACAUUUAAUUCCCCGAUUUGAAUGUCAUAUAUUGUUACAAACAAGAUUCUAUCAAGAGUAGUAAUGAUAUAAUACUAAGCAAUGAGAUAAUGCUACUCUUAUUAUGAAGAACUUUAUUCAAUGUAUAAAUAUCAUUCCGUUGUAUGAUAUCCUUACCUUAAUUUCGAUAUUUAUAUCAUUUAAUAUUUGCUAGUGUUUAUUUAUAUGAUAUAAUGAUUAUGAAAUACUUGUUAGCAUUUAGUAUAUACUAUAUCUAGAGAAAAACUUGUAAAAUUAUUUGAAUAUAUAUGAAGAUAGCACAAUAUACACCAUAUAUACCAAAUACAGACACAAAUAAGAAAUGUAAAAUGCUAAAGCAUAUAUCAAUAGAAAAAAAAUUUUGUUUAACCAUAUGUAUCCGCAGAUGUGUGCAAUAUUAUUGACUAUUAUUCAUUUGUACAGCUCAUUGUAAUAUUUAUUAUCUUUGAGAAAAGUGACAAAGUAAAACAUCAUAAACUAAAAAACUGUUAUACAAUAGACAGAUAAAAUUUUAGCUAAGAAAGCGCCUUCAGAAAAUGGUACUCAUGCUUGUAUAAGCAGCUUACUUAUUAAUAAGAAUUUGUAAAAAUAUGUAAUAUAUAAGCUACAAUAUAUAUAUAAUAAAUCUUUAAUAUAAUGUAUAAGAAAGAUAUAUACAGAAUAUAAACGUCGCGUAAAAAUGA